AUGUGCGUCGUGGUCGUGCCCGUCCCACGUAGUCACCUGCUUGAAGAUGUUCCCGACGUGGUGAACGACUACGAGGCCUCGCUCGUGGCGGCGAGCGUGACUGCUGUCGCUGUGAACGACUACGACCCCGAGAGCGACUUUGGCUGCGCGGACGCCAACGUCGACGCGAUCCCCUGCGGUGAAGUGUGUUGCGUAUCUCCGCCUGCUCCAGCGGCGACCGCGAUCGGUCGUAGCGACCGAUUGCCUGCCGCUCUAUCUCGCUCAGUGACCAGAGCUCCAGUUGAAGCUCCCAUUCAGUGCGAGUCGGUCGAUCCCGAGUCUCAGAGCAGUUCGCACAGCCUUCCACAAGGUGCACGUAGCAGAUUCGCUACUCGUGCUGUGCCAGCUGACACACGCGCUCCCUCAACUCGCCAAUAG